AUGACUAAUGUCGACGAAUACACUUAUGAAGUAAUCAAUAAUGAAAAUGAUGCACAUGUGUGUGCUCGACUCAUAGCCGAAGAAUUCACUUCAAGGAAUCUUUUAACUAUAUUCGAUAAAAUAUCAUCGGAACGAUUUUUUGAACUAGUAUCAUGGCCAUGGAUGAAAGAGGCACUCGAUCAACGACUGUCGUUUCUUGCACGACAUCGUUCUUCGGGCGAAAUCGUUGCAGCAAUUAUAGCAAUGGAUCUAUAUGUGAUUCGCAAGAAGUAUCCAUACGAUGCUUCUAGUCCGCCAGCAGCCAUACCAAUCGAGGAUCUAAGCGACGAAAUGGAUGAAAUAUUCAUUCGCCAAGAUUUUGGUAAAGAACUAAAACCGAAUAUGGUUUUAUACAUUUUGAUGGGGGCAACUCGAGUUCAACGUUCAGGCAAAGGUGUGGCCAGUCGAUUACGAACACUCAUGUGCAAUAAUGCACGAAAUACACAAGGGUUUCAAUAUGCAAUUAUACAAUCGACAAAUCAAGUGACACGUCAUAUCUAUGUCGAUAAGAUGGGUGGAAAAGAAUUAAGAAUUGUUGAUCCAAGAACAUGGAUAUGGAAGAAGAAUGGCGAUGAAUUAUCCUGUCCAUACAAGGAUUACAAGGGUGAAUCUAUAUCAAUUAUUCUAAUCAAGCUAAUACCAGAUCAUGAUCAGUAA